ACUUCUUAUUCAGUGAAUGCGGAAGUCUGAGUGUCUUUCAGAGAGAAAUAUAUUUAAUGUAUUGACUUUUUAUGUGUUAUAUGAAUCCAUUGUGUGUUUUUUUUUAUAUGUAAAUGUUAUUAUGAAUAAUUCUGUACAUGGACGCUGGUGUGUAAACUGAUUUAAACAGAGAGUGACUAGUUUAGUUUUACCACCCGUAUUGGGAAUGUGGGUGGGUUUGUAAUGGUGGCUAUUAGACAGUCAUGGCGGCUGUUGUUCAAGAGUGUUUAAUUUCAGCUCCGGGGAAGUCCAUCCUGCACGGAGAACACGCUGUAGUUCACGGCAAGGUUGCGUUGGCUGUGAGCUUGAACCUGCGCACGUAUCUGCGUCUGCAGCUCACGUCUACAGCUGAAGUGUCCAUCAGUCUCCCCAAUAUCGACACCUUCCUGUGCUGGGACGUCAGUGUGCUGAAACCGCUACUGUCUCACCGUGAAGGGGAGUGCAGGAGCUCUACAGAGCUGGACACUGAGUUAGUGAGGAAGUUGAGGGAGUUUAUAGCCAUCACUGAUGGAUCCACAGACACCAGGAGCAUGGCGGUGCUGGCGUUCCUCUACACGUACCUGUGUGUGUUCUCUCAGUCACAAGUCCUGCCCAGUCUGAAGGUGUGUGUGUGGUCUGAGUUGCCUACAGGAGCAGGUUUGGGUUCCAGUGCUGCGUACAGUGUGUGUGUGUCUGCAGCUCUGCUCACUGCCAGAGGAACCAUCAGUUCACCUUUAACACAGAGUCAGGAGACGGCCAGGUGGACUGAACAGGAGCUGGAAAUAAUCAACAAUUGGGCGUUUCAGGGUGAAACGAUUAUACAUGGCAACCCAUCAGGAGUGGACAACGCAGUGGGGACGUGGGGGGGCUUCCUGAGGUAUCAUGCUGGGAAAAUUACUUCACUUAGCAGAGUGCCCACACUGAGGAUUCUCCUCACCAACACUAAAGUUCCACGCAGCACCAAACUGCUGGUAUCACGAGUGAAGGACAGAAUAAACCAGUACCCGUCGGUGAUGUUGCCUGUGCUGGAGUCAGUGAACGCAGUGUCUCAGGUCUGUGAACACACACUUGCUGAGAUGGUCACAGAGGGAACUUCAUCCAAACACUACAGCACACUGGAGGAUUUAAUAGAUAUUAAUCAGCAGCACCUGAAUGUGAUGGGUGUUGGACACUCGUCCCUCAACACACUGUGCAGAGUUACACUCGCCCACGGCCUCCACAGCAAACUGACCGGCGCAGGGGGAGGAGGCUGCGCUAUCACCCUCCUCACACCAGACACAGACGAGUCGGUGGUGCGAGACGUGAUGAAGGAGCUGAAGAAGGUCGGCUUUGACUGCUGGGAGACGAGUAUCGGAGCACCGGGGGUCCUGCUGCACUCGCCCACCUCACUGACACACAACGUCCUCGACAUCCUCAACAAAUACUGAAGAUCUGCUGACACACACACACACACACACACACACACACACACUCUACAGAGGAACAUUGCAGCUACACCAACAGUAUUAUUUAUGUUCUAAUGAAGAUCAGAAUGGACACAAACGUCCACUCGACUGAUACGAUACCAGAAUGACCUCAUCCUCCAGUUUUAGCUCGCUAGUGUUGUUUGGGGGAAUGAUAGCUCGAGCGCUAAUACAGUGUGGGUCUCCUAAUACUUUAUACCAACUUUAUUUCAAAAUAAAUCUGAUCUUUGGAUUA